CUGGAACGCACCGAGUGGCGCUUGUUUUGCUCUACAUGCCUCCAGGGCCUUGGUUACAUAUGCCAGGGGUGGGGCAAGGCUUUAUAAAGCUGUGCACGGCAGCUCCGGACACACACACACUCAACCACUGCUCCGAAAGAGACACUAUCAAAUGGAAGACUUUAUCGUCAAAGAUGUCGACAUGGAAAGAUCAGAAAACCUGGAGAGACACAGGACAGACGGCUUCAGCAGCUCCAAGUCCCUGGUGGUGCGGAGAGGAGCCCCGUUCAGGAUCAGUCUGCAGCUGGGAGGCCGACCCUUCAACCCCAAGACCGAUUCUCUGAGGGUCAAAGUCAUGCUGGGCCGCCUGUAUGUGGUAAUGCCGGUCACUUUCUCCAAUAAGUUGUCCUCCUCCAAGUGGAAAGCUUACAUGGACCAGGACAGCCUGGACCCUCAGAGUGUCUCCAUCUUCAUCACCUCUCCUUCCUCGGCCUCAGUUGGACUCUAUGGAUUCCAGCUGUGUCUGUUCUCUCAGGGCAAACAACAGGCGCGCACCUACGGCAAAUUCAUCCUGCUCUGCAAUCCCUGGUGCUCUGAAGACUCGGUGUACAUUCCCUUCGAGGACCAGAAAGAGGAAUAUGUCCAGAGCGACUCCGGGCUGCUGUUUUUGGGGACGACUAUGAACGUUGUGUCGAUGCCGUGGUCCUUUGAUCAGUACGAGCCCGGGGUUCUGGAGGCGUGUCUGCAUCUGCUGCAGGUCAGUCCCCAGCACCAGCACAACAGGAGAGGGGACUACCUGAAGAGGAACAACCCUGUGUACAUCAGCCGGGUGGUGUCUGCCAUGAUCAACAGUGAAGACGACCGCGGCGUCCUCAAAGGAAACUGGUCCGGGGACUUCAAGGAUGGACUGAACCCGUCCAUGUGGACUGGGAGCGGGGACAUCCUGAGGCAGUGGGCCCAGUCCAGCUGCAGCCCCGUCAAGUACGGACAGUGCUGGGUGUUUGCAGCCGUCAUGUGCACAGUCAUGAGAGUUCUUGGCAUUCCUUGUCGCGUGGUGACAAACUUCAACUCGGCUCACGACACCAACGGCAACCUGGCGAUCGAGGAGUACUACAGCGAGACGGGGGAGAAGCUGAAACACAGCAAGGACAGCAUAUGGAACUUCCAUGUCUGGGUGGAGUGCUGGAUGUCUCGUCCGGACAUUGGAGUUGAUAUGGACGGUUGGCAGGUUUUGGACCCGACUCCUCAGAACAGGAGUGGAGGAGUUUUCUGCUGCGGUCCAUCUCCAGUCAAGGCGAUCAAGGACCGGCGCAUGGACCUGCUCUACGACAUCCCCUUCGUCUGCGCCGAGGUGAACGCCGACGUGCACACCAUCAUCGUGAACCAGGGCCGGGUGGUGGGCUUCAACAAGGACACGGAGAAAGUGGGAUCCCUCAUCUGCACCAAAGCUGUCGGGUUCCCCAGAAUCCAGAGAAUCACAGGAGACUACAAAUUCGUCAAAAGUCCGACUUCGACCAUCUCGUCAAGAAGCUCCAGGGCAUCAGACGACUCAACAUUGAGGAGAGACUCGUCCAGAGGAGUGUUCGUCUCCCUGAACCUGGACAAGGCUCCGGUGGCCGGAGAGCCGAUCAGCUUCACCGUGAAAGUCAUGAACAAGCAGCGCGUGGCCAAGACCAUGACGAUGCAUCUCAACGCUCAGGCCAAAGAAUACAACCACAGCCCCUCGGACACCUUCUGGCAAAUGCAGGGCCUCAUACAGCUGGCGCCCAUGGAAGUCAAGACUCUGACGCAUCAGAUCCUCCCGGCCCAGUACGAGGACGUGGUGGGGGACAACGUCAUCAACCUGGCAGUGGUCCUGGAGGACAGGGCCAGUGACAAGCGGGUUCUGGCCACAGAGGAGUUCAACAUCUCAAGCCCACAGCUCAACAUCCAGAUCUCAGAUGAAGACUCCAUUGUGCCGAACAAGGAGCACACGGCUGUGGUUUCCUUCACUAACCCAUUUUCUCACAUGGUGAGCGGAGUAUUCACCAUCGCUGGGGCCGGGCUCGUCCAGGGCAAGAUUAACUUCAGGAUGCUGCCGCUGCGUCCAGGAGGAAAAGUGGAGCAACGCAUCACUUUCAUCCCCAGCAUGUCGGGAAGGAGGAUGCUGCAGGCGAACCUGUCGCUGAUCAACAUCAACUCCACCAUCAGGGGCUUCAAGAUGGUCUCUGUCAACAGAGCUUAGAUCAAAUCUUGUGUUUGGGCCAAAUUCAUCACAUGUGUGACAUCACGGCUUUGUGCGUCAGAAACAUCUCCUCUAGUUUCUAACAAACAAAACACAUCUGUAAGAGCCACUGUGCAGCAAGUGUGUGUGUAUAGUUAAAUAUUUGUUGUUUUGAUAUUUUCCUAUAUUGUCCAGGUGUUGUAGUUUAAGUUUUGUACAGUUGAGUUAUAUUUUGUAUAUUGUGUUUUCUAUAUUCAAGUAUAUUCUAUUUUGCGAGUGGUUAGUAACGCGCAAGAAGAGUGGGGAGUGAGGAGUCUGUAGGAGUAGACUCAAAGUUUUUGACCGUGAAAUAUACGAGACAUUUAUGUGGACUGUGCGUAAAAUGUGAGUGACAUUUACGUGAAGAUGAUGGGAAAGUGAUUGUUGACAUCAGUGAUAAGAGAUAAAGGGACAUUGUGACCAGUUUGGAUUUAAGGCAUGCCAAUCUUCGAUAAUGGAUCGUUUGAACGGUGUUUCUGAACUGUGCUGGAAAGGAAAAUAAAAUCCAUCACUUCAAGUGUACUCAGCCUCCUGGAUUCGUUUAACAUUAGGUUACAACGGGACGGGGUCUGAUGUUUGGACACGAGUCAGCUGUGAGGGAAUUACUCCUCAGACACAAGCAAGUGGCCAUCGUGUUGGAACUUAGUGGAACGGCCACUACAACAUCCUUGCUGCCGUCCUCAUGCUUUCGUGUUGCUGUGUAUAUAUUGUGAGUGUUAUUUAUAUUAAUGAUGUUGAUAUUUAUUUAUUUUUGUGCUUGAGCCAAGACAAUCAACACUGCAAGUUGAAAAAUCUGCAUCUUUACUUGAAAUUGAAAAAGAUUAAGAUUCAAAUGUUAGUGUUUUAAUGUAAUAUUGUACUUUUUACCAAAAUAAAACAAAAUGAAUGUGUUUAAAUA